AUCCACACAACAUCGCACGCCCACGUAUCACAAUCAUGGCGCCACUGCUCUUAAACGAAGUCUUCCAACUAAUUAAGUGGAUGAAAUCCCAUUAUCCCAGCGAUCAAAGGCCCCAUUCCUCACUCUCGUUCCUCAGGUUCAAGAAACAGUCAGCACUGUCGGUCACACUGCACGCACUCGCAAAUGGCGGAACCUUACGGGACGGAGAAGCCCAACGGUGGUGGCGGGGUCUUCCUGGAGGUGACGGAGGGCGAUGAGACUAAGGGGCUGAACCAUGAUAAUAGGGACAAGAGGACCCACCGGGGGCGAGGGGAGGAGGAGGAGGAGGAGGAGGAGAGCUUGUACGGCGUUUUCCGCCGUCUGAUUUCCGAGAUUUUCUUUCCUGAUGGGGAGCAGCGAGGGCGUGCUUCGCUGCUGCACCGGAUCAAGGCCUCUGUGGCCGAGAACGGCCCUCUCCUUCGCGAAGCUUCUGGAAACACGGGGCGGAAGGUUCUUUCCUGGACUCGGAGGGGCAGUCCUUUGCGUGCCCUCCUCGUCAUUUCCGUUGGGACGAUCACUUUUCUAGCGUUGACAGGAUUGCUUGUCUUUAUGCUUUUCUUUGUGGCUGCAACCUUCAAUGCCAUUGUCAUAUCUCUUCUGGUGUCUUUGGCAGCAGCAGGUGGCUUCUUGGCUCUUUUCUUCACAUGUGUAACAUUUAUAUACAUUGGAGCAUUGUCAGUAGCUGCGUUUGUUAUUUCCAGCGCUACAAUUUCAGCAAUCAUUGCUGCACUGAUAGCUACAGGUUGGAUUGGAUUCUUCUGUGUUUUGUGGUUGGCAACAAAGAAAAGCUUGGACUUUGCUAAGCACUCUCUGACCGUUACUGGUUCAGCACUCUCUGUCUACUCUUCUGGUAGACACGUUCGCCACCGUCAAGUAGUACACAAGGUUUCGGAUUAAAAAGUUACUGCAAAGAGAAGUCCAUGUAUGUAGAAACUCCUACAUAUAUUGUACAUGGUUAUGCUUGCACAAUCCUCUUGAGACAUGGCUGCUCUGAUUAUGUUGUUGCUAGGUAUUGUUGCCUGUGGUUUGGAAGUAUAGAUCAUAUUUGAUCCUACUAGCCAAGAUAUUGCGCGUCAUAUCUGUUUUUGGUGUUUGUUUUGUAAAUUCUUCAUAGUUUGCAGUCUGCUUGUCCAUAUGAAGACUAAACGCUGGUUUCUCGUAUUUAAUAUAUGUAUUGAUUCUCUCUC